CGCGGAUCCGGUGCGCAGCCGCCGCGCCGGGCACCCACCUGCGGCCGGCGGCGCUGGGCUCGGGCGCGGAGGGGCGCGCAGCGGCCGCAGGGCGGGGGAGAGAAGCCACAAGAGGCUUAGUACUGCUGGAUGGUUGAAAUCUUGAACAGCAGCAUCAGUCGAGCAGUGCAGCAGGAGCCAUGUCUCUGCCUUUCCGAAAAGAGUUGGAGAAAUAUAAGAAUAUCAAUGAAGAUGAAAUACUCAGCAAACUCUCAGAAGAUGAAUUGAAACAGCUAGAGAAUGUUCUCGAUGACCUUGAUCCUGAGAACGCCUUGCUUCCAGCGGGAUUUCGGCAAAAGGACCAGACCACUAAACAAGCCACGGGCCCUUUCGACAGAGAACGCCUGCUGUCGUACUUGGAGAAGCAAGCGCUUGAGCACAAAGACAGAGAAGACUUUGUACCGUAUACAGGGGAAAAGAAAGGAAAAAUAUUUAUCCCGAAAGAAAAGCCCAUAGAAACCCAUACAGAAGAGAAAGUGACCCUGGAUCCAGAACUAGAAGAAGCCUUGGCCAGCGCUUCAGAUACUGAGCUCUAUGACCUUGCAGCUGUUCUUGGAGUGCACAACAUGGUCAACAACCCAAAAUUUGAUGAAGGAGGAGCCCACAGUAAGGAUGGAAAAGGAACCGUGAGAAAUGUCGUAAAAGGAGAGAAGGUCAAGCCCAUCUUUGAGGAGCCACCUAAUCCAACCAAUGUGGAAGCAAGUUUACAAAGGAUAAAAGCAAAUGAUCCUAGUCUCAUAGAAGUUAAUCUCAACAACAUAAAGAAUAUUCCUAUUCCAACACUGAAAGAAUUUGCAAAAGCUUUGGAAAGCAACACACAUGUGAAGACGUUCAGCCUUGCAGCCACUCGAAGCAAUGACCCUGUAGCUAUUGCAUUUGCAGAGAUGUUGAAAGUGAACAAAACGCUGAAGAGUCUGAAUGUAGAAUCCAACUUCAUCACUGGGACGGGUAUUUUGGCAUUGAUUGAUGCACUGAAACAGAAUGAAUCCCUGACAGAGAUUAAAAUUGACAACCAGAGGCAGCAGCUUGGGACAGCUGUAGAGAUGGAGAUUGCCAAGAUGCUGGAGGAGAACUUCAGGAUUCUCAAGUUUGGUUACCAGUUCACAAAGCAAGGUCCGAGAACCAGGGUAGCAGCAGCUAUCACUAAAAACAAUGAUCUGGUUCGUAAAAAGCGGGUGGAAGGAGAGCGGCAGUAGCCACGCCAUAGAGGAUGCAAGGCAAGAUUGGAAGCCACCACCAACUGUAGCCUCAGAGUGUUCACUGGUCAGAAGGGAAGGCACUGGAAAACCAUUACAAUGAGAGCUGCUCAUUUCUGUCAAUGCCUCUUUUUAACUGUGAAAACACAACCUGUUCUUUUUUUAACUUUCACAGUUAAUUUAAUUUUGUGGGAAAGAUUCAUAGUUGGUUUGCUUAUAAUGGAAAAAAUGUUUUGCAGUACCUGAAGCUAAUAUGCAGAAUCUUACUGUGCUACUGAACACAACAUAUAGUGACUCUGACCCUUAUUUUAAACACUUUUUGAUAUGUUAAAAUAUGGUCUUGUGUAUGGAUAAGGGAUUCUCUGCUGAAAAUAGAAAUUUUAGGCCUACGUUCUGCAAUGCCUUAUGUUUGUGAAUAUUCCUUACUUAUAUGGAUAUAGUCCUGCUGAACUGAAUCCUGCAAUGGGAUGCUCCCAGAAGUAGAACUAGUAAUGCUGGUACAGGUUUGCAGGAUCACACCCUUGAGCCUCUCUUCUGCAGCAAGAUCUGGGCAGCUGGAACUGAAGAGGCACAGUGCCCUUCUACCUUCUUUGGUCUCCACCCGUCCAGGUCCAAGUGCAGGAUCACGCCUAGACGUAUAAACAUUGUCAAAGCCUACUUGUUUACAUAAGCUUAGGUUAGGUGGAUCAUUUCGCAAUGUUACACUGGUAUUUGUUAUCCUUACUCCACAUUGUAAAUUAAUGUUAGUGCUGCCAAUCCUAUAGACUUUGAAUGUUUUGAGUUUUUUCCUAGGCCAACAGGUUUUUAUUUGCUACUAGAAUGCACAGUUUACAGCUAUUAAUCUUAAUCUAAACAAGUAUUCUGAGCAAUAUUUGUUUUGCUUUGAGCCAUGUGUUUGACUUUUUUUAUUUCUGGUGUUUAUGUACAUUUGUUAGUAUUAUAGAACUGUUCUCAGGACAUUUUAGAUGAAGAUUAAUUAAAUAGUUAUUCCAGGAGCGCAGCUCUGCUACCAGGAAAGUACAUUAAGAGGGUAAUUGUCACAGCUACAUAACUUAUACAGGCUCCAGUUCAAGUUUGUCCCUGUAUCAUAAGGCGUGUAGUUACUCGCAUCGGUGCGUAGCUGAACAAGGGCAGAUUUAAGCAUAUGCACAAAUGCUUUGCUAAAUCAGGGCCUUAACUCAGAUGCUGGACAUAAUCUUAACCUGGUGCAAGACACUUGUGAAGCAGCAGCUAACCCCAAUGCUCAACAGCAUCAAAAUUUUAGCAAGAAUUCAUUCCAAUGUUUCAUUUUGUCUAUUUUGCAGUCUGAAAUUAUUCUUUACCACCGUUUUAUCACUGCCAACAGCUGCCUCUGACUAACAGCCAGAGGUUCAUUUUGGUUACAUGUCUGCAUGUCGUAGGAGCUCAGGGAGGCUGGGGUUAGGUGUGUCACACGUACCAAUGUGUCUCACACAUACCAAUGUGUCUCUCACAUGUGCAGAAACACACCUAGGGCUAGCACUGCUACCCAGGAAACACCAGCCUCUCCUCCGAGAGCUCCUUCAGAACAGGAAUAAAGCACUGUUGCCUUCACCCUGGUGAUGGGACAACACUGGAGGUCACAGUCACUGCAGCAUACUCCUGACCCAGGGGGGAAGCUGUGAGCCACUGUGCAACUGGGCAUCCAGGGAUUAGAAACUGGGGGAGCCCCGGGACCAAUCAGUAAAUGUUUGACAUACUUGUCUGAGUGAUGUUUUCACAGCCAGAGUUGGAGUGCAAACUAACAGGAUGAACCCUCCCUCCGUGCCUUUUAUAAUGGAAAUGAGUAGGUCCAAGGCAACACUCUUCAAGUUGGAUACUGGUCUUCAUAUUGGGGUGCAAACUGAAUAAUGUACACUUAAAUCCCACUCAAAAUAUAGUUUGCUAAGUGGUCUGCUGAGCUGGGAUCUGAAGCACAGUAUCCCCAGUUUACUUCCUUGGAGAGUUCCCAGUCUUUAGCAUUUCCACUUCUCCUUCCCUUCCUCAGAAUAAAGCUGAAACAUUCGCUUUGCAAGUAAGAAACAAAACACACAGGGGAGUCUUGCUGAGAUUUUCCCUGGAUCCAUGCAAGAUUUGCUAUGAAAAACUUUGAUAUCCUAUUUAAAAAAAUGACCAGUUCUGUAAUGCAGCCAUAACUCUGCAUGGGCUUAAAUAAACAAUCCUUAAAAAACAUGUGGAUUACCAGAGGGAUACUGGGCUUUGCAGCAUCAAAUCUCAUGGGCAGGAAGAAUCCUCGUCCACAGAACCAAAAGAUUAUAGUUGCUGACAAACUUCAGUGAUUAGAAUCACGCUGCCCCUCUUUUCUUCUUUUCCUUUGAUCCAACCAAGGGAAUCUCAACUAUCAAUCAAUUUUUUUAAAAUAUAUUUUGAAGAUUUUUUUUUUUAAUUAUUAUUGGUUACUUUUUGUUUUUGAAAGAGUGGUACAUAUUUGUGUUUAAGGGAAACAAGUGCAAUCCAUUUCUAGUCUUAAUUGCCAUUUCAAGUGUUGGUAUUUGCAUGCAGUGCUUUUACAAGGAUGGAUUGUUCUGGCUGCUUCAUGAUGUCUGCAGCAUUUCAUCCUGUACAGCUUUGCUCAGAGCCACAUAAGUGGUUGUACAGUCAGGUGGCUCCAUUCCUAUCAGCUCUAGUUUGCAUCGUGGACCAAGGUAUGUGGUUGGGGAAGGCCCAGCGGGCUCUCUGUCCCUUCAUCUGCCGUGCUUUUUUGCACAGGCACAUUUCCUCUGAAGGGAGGAUUCCUCAGGCGCUUGAGAGGAUCACCUCGAACACCAUCCCCACCGUGCGCUAGCAGACAGCGCCUGGAGCUGUGCACUACGUGGUGGGAACCUGGGAGCUCUGGCUCCUUCCAGCAUGAGGAGAACUCCUAAUCCCUUGCCAUCUUCUCCAGGCAGCUGCUGCCUGGGAGCUGGGUGACCAGUAACAUCUGUCCUGCCUCUUCUGUGUGCUCCACACAGGGCUUGGUUGUCACCUGACCUGCAGCACCACAAAUCAAUACUGCAACAAUAUGAAAUGCUGUUCAAUACAACAACAGCACAUGAUGGUGAUGCUUGAAGGCGGAUUUUCAUAUUAAUAUAGGAUUAUUUAGAUGGUUAAAAUCUCUGCAACUAACAUGACGGGGGGCAGGAUGUGACUAGAUUUUAAAUAUUAUUUUCAAACAACAUCUGGCAUACUCAGUGCUGAAUGGGGAACAGGGACAGAAGAGUCCUUUUUUCUUAAGCAAACAUUCAGGAGUAACUGUCUAUUUUUGCACAUCGCUUCUUGUGUUGACAGCUUCAGUUUGGUUUGUAUUUUUUAUACAGUUUUUUCAUUCAAAAGCUCAAUUUUGUGUGCAUCCUAACAUAUGUGUGAAUUGUAGCGUGCACUAAGGACCGUAUGUGUACAUGUAUAACUCUAGAUGAAGAUGUUAUUUCUGGAACAAAAAGCAAUUGCAUGCGCACGGUUUGGUGCAUAUUACUCAAGAGGAAGGGAAUUACCACGCUAUGUAACAGUGACUCCCCAGCAUUUUGUUUUUUCUAAAUAAAUAAUCUUAAAUGA